UAAUAUUAAUAUAUAAAGUAAUAAUAUGUAACAAUAAUAAUAUAUGUUCGUGAAUUUAGGGGCACUUGUCUUAGUAUUACUUGUUCCAAUUUAUUUCAACAAACUUUCUCCUAUUUUCAAUUCCAAGAUUAAUAAUAAUAAAUAAAAUUAAAGAAAUAUUAUUGUGUAUCAGAUAAAAUAAUAAUUUGUUUCGGCGUAUUAUUCUUUUCUCUUUCUCUCUCUAGGCAGGAAGGCUGCUGAGAAAGGAGUUUUAGAAAUCUCGGCAUUUGUUUUAUUUAUUUAUUUAUUAAUAAAUGAAUAAAUAAAAUUGGGGCAAGCAGUACAGAGGCAGAAGGAGGUGGUUUCUUGUGGAGGGCGGGGGAAUAGAGAAGCAUCGUCAUGCCAUCUGAAGAAGUCAUUGGGGACUCCCAUCCGUCUUCCGACCAACUUCAACUUCCUCCUAACGAGAGACAAGUUGGGUUUUGGAAGACAGAUGGUCUGCCUAUCAAUCAUGGUUUAAAUGACAGCAAUGCAUACACAGUUGGUGACUCAUCGUUCCCCCGAAUCGAUAAACACAUGUCACCUGAUACUCGUAUGUUGAACCACUUUGGCGUCCCUGCUAUUCGUAACCACAACCAUGACCGUAUAUUUCAUCAUAUCAGCUUAGACAAUAACGCUGCAGCACCCGGGGCAACAACACUUGCCCAUUCUCUGCGCAGACCUCUCGAUAAUAAUAAUAACAAUAAUAUUAUUAAUAAUAAGGGAAAUAGACCAAAUUUGGAUGUCAAUAAACUUAAUGUCAUGGGUCGUCACUAUGAAAAUGGCCUUUUUUCGAGCUCAUUAUCGGACCUUUUCACUAGAAAAUUGAGAUUAUCAUCAAAUAACAAUAUGUACGGUCAUUCUGUUGGUGAUGCUGCUGCCUCCCACUAUGAAGAAGAGGAGCCAUUUGUAUCCCUUGAAGAGAUUGAGGCCCAAACUAUCGGGAAUCUCCUUCCAGAUGAUGAUGAUUUGCUGUCUGGCAUGACCGAUGGGAUUGACUAUAAGGUAAAACCAGGUAGUGGAGAUGAUGCUGAAGAAUUGGACUUUUUUAGCAGUGUUGGAGGGAUGGAGUUGGGAGAAGACAGUGGACAAACUCAGCCGGGUGGGGAACACCCCCACCCGUCAAGAACCCUUUUUGUGAGAAAUAUUAAUAGCAACGUUGAAGAUUCCGAGUUACGAAUCUUGUUCGAGCAAUAUGGAGAUAUUCGUACUCUCUACACAGCCUGCAAACAUCGUGGCUUUGUGAUGAUAUCAUACUAUGAUAUAAGAGCAGCCCGACGUGCCAUGCAAGCACUCCAGAACAAACCACUAAGGCAUCGAAAGCUUGACAUACAUUACUCGAUUCCCAAGGAUAAUUCUUCAGACAAAGAUGUUAAUCAAGGCACUGUUGUAAUAUAUAACCUUGAUCGUAAUGUAACUAACGAUGAACUGCGUCAUAUUUUUGGUGUCUAUGGCGAGGUCAAGGAGAUCCAUGAAGCUUCACAAGGAAGUCGGCACAAGUCUGUAGAGUUUUAUGAUAUAAGAGCUGCAGAAGCUGCUUUGCGUGAAUUAAAUAAGAGUGACAUGGGAAAUGAACAGACGAAGCUUGAACCGAGUCAUCGUUCUAAACGCAUUAACAGUGUUUUUCCAGAGCUGGAUGUAGAUGAAACUAGUGCUCUGCUGCAAAUGUGUAGUCCUCCUACGGAUUUCACUAGAGACAUUUCUGGACCAGUCUCAAAUGUUCGGGUUACACCUGGUACCAUAGAUCACAGAACUCUCGUGGGUGCGACCAUAUCCCCUGCCACUCAACUAUUAGACGUGGAACUCCACCGUGGCAUCCCAGCUAGCGUAUCCAACAGUUUUUCGUCUAUCAUUGGAUUGGAAUCAGGUGGCAUGCCAUCUGGUCAACAGAGCCAACUGAAAUAUGAUUACAGGAACACACCAAAUUAUCACCCUCAUUCACUUCCGGAGUAUCAAGAUGGCUUAACCAACAGUAUUUUAGGUAAUUCUCCUAGCACCAUGACUGCAAGUUUAAAUGGCAGGAUGCCUGAAAGGGUGGGAACUAGGCAGUUCGACAGAAUCAGUGGCUCAAUUGGACGCUCACUUGAACUUAAUGACAAUGUGUUUGGCUCCUCCGGAAAUGCAAGUGGCUCCCCUGCCUCUCAUCAUUACAUGUGGAAUCCUUCUCAUCAGCCGCAACAUCAUAACAUGAUGUGGCCCAAUUCACCAUCGUUGAUGAAUGGAGUUGGCAAUGCUCAUAGUCUUCCUAGAGCGCCGUCUCAUAUGGCGAACAAUUUUCUGCACAUCAACAACCAUCAUGUGGGGUCAGCACCGUCUGUCAAUCAUUCUGUCUGGGAUAGACGACACUCUUAUGCUGGGGAAUCCCCGGACACGUCUGUUUUUCAUCCUGGUUCUCUUGGGAAUAUGAGGGUUCCGAGUAACUCACCACAUCCACUAGACUUUGUUUCUCAUAAUAUCUUUCCGCGUAUGGGUGGAAACUCUAUGGACCUGCCAAUUCCAUCUAAAAAUAUUGGAUUAGCUUCCCAUCAUCAAAAUAAUGUAAUGUUUCCUAGUAGGGGACAACUGCUUCCUAUGAUGUCAUCAUUUGAUUCUCCUGGUGAUCGUGCUAGAAGUCGUAGAAAUGAAGGGACCUCCAAUCAAUCUGACAACAAGAAACAGUUUGAACUCGAUCUGGACCGUAUAAUGCGUGGGGAAGACAGAAGAACCACUCUAAUGAUCAAGAAUAUUCCUAACAAGUACACUUCUAAGAUGCUUUUGGCUGCAAUUGAUGAACGCCAUCGUGGAACUUAUGAUUUUAUCUACUUACCUAUCGAUUUCAAGAACAAAUGCAACGUGGGUUAUGCAUUCAUCAAUAUGACUGAGCCUUCCCUUAUUGUUCCAUUUUAUCAGGCAUUUAAUGGGAAGAAGUGGGAGAAGUUCAAUAGUGAAAAGGUAGCAUCCCUUGCAUAUGCUCGCAUACAGGGAAAAGCUGCACUCAUCGCCCACUUUCAGAAUUCAAGUUUGAUGAAUGAAGAUAAGCGUUGCCGUCCCAUCCUUUUCCAUACAGAUGGACCAAACGCAGGGGAUCAGGUACCUUUCCCAAUGGGUGCUACUGUUCGAUCAAGAGUGAAUAAAAAUCGUAACAACACCAAUGACGAAAGCUCACAAGAUGUGGGGAAUGGAGAGGCAUCUUCGAAUGGCGGGGACUCCUCUUCAGGUUCCACUAAGGAUUUCGAAUGAGAGCCCAUCUUGAUCCUUUUUGUUCGUGCUAAGUGCUAACCUUACUUUCUAGAUAACGGUAAUUAAUUGAAGCCCGCCUCAAGUUUUCUACUGUACAUUGAGGGGUGGGCGAGGGAUGAGCAGGUCAUAAAACAAAUGACAAUUAAUUUUCUGUACUGGUGCUCCUGAGGAAUGCUUCACCGAACUCAAAGGGAGGAUAUGAGGCUUCUAGUUUUUAAUGAAUUAGCUGACUGGUUUUUCCUUCCAACACAUCAAGUAUCCUGUUUUUGACCAUACAGUUAGGGAGAGCGCUGCUUGUCAUUUUCUUAAUUUUUUCCCCCCUUUUUUUAUUGACUUUUAUGUUUUGUAGAAGCCUGUAUCAAAUUCUUUUUGUUUCUCGCAUUUGCUUGACCAAGUUUUUGAACAAUUUGUAAUGUUUGUUGUUAAAAUAAGAAUAUACUAGAUUAAAAAAGAAAAAAACAAAACAAAA